UGUGCCAGUAAAGGAAAAGAUCAAAUUGCUCACGAAACAGAAGCCAACAUCAUGAAAGGAAACCUGGAAGRAUGGGAUAAAUCUAUUCUGGAAGAGGCUAGUCACCUUGUUAAAAAGAUGCUCGAAUUUGAUAAAGACAAACGCCCAGCUGCAGAAGAAAGUCUGGAUCAUCCAUUGUUCUGGUCAAAUCAGAAAAAAAUCGAUGUUCUCGUUGCUGUUGGAAACCAGUCAGAGUUUGGAUACCCACGUGC